GCGCUUUCAGUGGAUACAGCUGGAGAACUGCAAGGCAAUCCCAUUGUGCGCCACUCAGGAGCCAUGACCAAUAUGACCAAUAUAUAUUGUCCUGCUAAUAACAGGGUUAAUAAUAUAUCUGUGAAAAUAUCGAACAGGCUUUUAUAUAAUUCUAAAUUAAUAAUAAUAAUUGCAUUGAUAAAAAAUAAGAUGAUUUUGGAGAUGAUUUUGUUUUCAAAUAACGUAAAAUGAGCGAAAAAAGGCCAUUCUUGAACAUGGGGUGAGACAUUGUUACUAAUUUGUAAAUAAAACCAGUCUGUUAUUUAGAAUUAUUUAUUUCUGUUUUUAGAGGGAGAGAAACCAGAAACCUACAGUCAUGUCAUGGGUCUCCCAGUAGAGGCCAGCACGGGUAUUAAACCAGCAUGUCACGUUCCUGACCUGUUUUCUCUUGUUUUGUAUGUGUUUAUUGGUCAGGGCGUGAGCUGGGUGGGCAUUUCUAUGUGUUGUGUUUCUAUGUUGGGUUAAAGGGUUAAUUGACCUUGUAUGGCUCUCAAUCAGAGACAGGUGUUUUCGUUUUCCUCUGAUUGAGAGACAUACAUAGGGAGGUUGUUUCUCACUGUUUGUUUGUGGGUGAUUGUCUCCUGUGUCGUCCGUGUCUGCACCAUACGGGACUGUUUGGCUGUUCAUUCGUUUGAUGUAGUCUGUUCCUGUCCGUGAGUGCUACGUGUAGUUAUGUAAGUUCAUGUUCAGGUUUCGUCUACGUCGUUUUCUUAUUUUGUAAUUUUCCAAGUGUUUUCGUAUUCGUCUUUGUGUUUCAAUAAAUUACAUUAUGUCAUCAUACCUUGCUGCGUAUUGGUCCACCGAUCCUUCUCUCCUCUCCUCGUCCGAGGAAGAGGAAGACGACAGCCGUUACACAGCAUCUGUAGCAACACAGCUUGCUCUCAGCCACUGUACAACAUGACUGGUCUGGAGUGGCCUACAGUACUACAGUAAUAACAAAAUAAUCUUAACAAAAUAAAUAAUAAAAACCUUAGUGUAACAACAGUUUUAGUAAGUAAUACUGAAGUCGUGCACAAUUAUCAGUUUCUAUUUAGGUGUUUUCAUUGUCAGUUAGAGACACAGUAGGGCCCAAAAGCUUAAUCAUUGCUCUAACUCCCUCUUGUGCUGGUCUGGAGCAAUGAAGUGGUGACGCAGGGUACUGUACUAAACCACACAUUACCUCUAAGUCCCGCAGCAUAAUCACAAAACUUUUAGUGGAGCAGCCACUGUAAGUACCAAAAACGAUGAAUUGAGGCCUAAGUACCGAACGACUGUGACUUGAGGCCUAAGUACCGAACGACUGUGACUUGAGGCCUAAGUACCGAACGACUGUGACUUGAGGCCUAAGUACCGAACGACUGUGACUUGAGGCCUAAGUACCGAACGACUGUGACUUGAGGCCUAAGUACCGAACGACUGUGACUUGAGGCCUAAGUACCGAACGACUGUGACUUGAGGCCUAAGUACCGAACGACUGUGACUUGAGGCCUAAGUACCAAACGACUGUGACUUGAGGCCUAAGUACCAAACGACUAUGAACUGUGGUGUAAGUACCAAACAACUACAAUGUCCAUAUGACUACCAUGCAAACAAUGCAGACAUAUGACUAGUCAUAACGGCAAGUCUUUUCAAAGAAAACCUCUGUUCUUUAAGAGAGUACACCCAGCAAUUGUUCAUUCAUCCUGUUCUCUCAUACUGAUUUUAAAGAAUAGAGUAGGCUUGCUGGAAUGAAUGAUUAGCCAAUUUGCUAAUUCAAUUUCUUCCCAACUACAUUUUGAAGCGGCUAUGUGAACUUUUCUGAGUUAAAAUGCUGAGAGAUAUUAAUUUGUCUGGCUGUCUCUGAAACUUUGUUAAUUUCUGGUCUGUUUUAAUUAAAUUCCAGAAGCCAAUUAUAUCCCUGGAGAAGGCCCUGGCAUUUAAAGCCAGAUGGUAAUCAAUUGUGGGGAAGAAUCAUUCUCUGAAUUAAAUACACUAGUCACAUUAAAACAUGGGUAUGGUAGUGCAGGGGGCGAUGUUGGCAGAGCUUACUGCUGAACAUUGAUUUAUGAUGAUCUGAAUAAAAAGGAUUACUGGAUUUGAUGAUAAGAGUGUGUUCCCCGUUUGCUGAUAAUGUAGCUAAAGUUGGAUUGUCUGAGAAAUGCGUUAUGCAUACACAUGAUACAGGAUAUUCUGCACCCCCCAACAAAUAUAUACUAAACACAGAACAUGUCAAAUAUCUUAUAGAUUCAGUUCUAGCUCUUUGGUAAUGUGUUGAUUAUAUGACUGUAAAGAAAAUCGUAUGAUGUGACUAGAACAUAUGAUUUGACUUCCCAGUGUCAUCAUCUCUACAUCUCCACAGCACACUGCUACAAUACCAUUUUCACCCACUCUCCAUUGAGGUUAUUCGCCAAUUACAGUAUAUGACCACUACACCAUGACACGCUUUCUCUGGCAAUCUCCUUUUAUGAACCAUCUCCAUCCACUGUGGUAUGCUGCGAUGUACGGCCAGAGUAGCAGACUGAUAUCCUCGUAACACUAGGCUAUUAAUGCUUUGGAAGAUCAAUAUCAGAGGUACUAAUUGUACUGUAUUCAAUGACUUAUUGUUGGUUUUGAAAUUGAAGCAUAUUGCAGCUGCAGUAGUGGUGAACAUACUGUGUUAAACAUGCUGUUUAAUGUUACCUUAAUCAAACAUGGGAAAACUCCUUGACCUUUUAAGAUACCAUAUUGUAGACUUGUCAAGGCUAGACUUUUCUUGGCCUGAAUAGGUUGUAAUGGGUCAAUCUGGGCAGUGUUGGGUGUGGCUCUCCUGGUCUAGAAUAUGAUUGGUCCAUCACAAACCUAAUUGAACCAUCACCCCCACAAAAUAAAUAUUGGUUUUAUUUUCAAUUUUUCUUCCAGCAGAGAUGAAUAACGCCAGGCUGUCGAAAAAACACUUAAUAAAUCUUCCAAUCAAUGGAACAUCAAGCAUUUUGAACUGUCCUCAAAGAAUACUGCUCUGUCAAUACCAGGCUGCCGAUAAUGUGGAGAUGUCUGUGACAGCCUGGACUGGUGAUGAAUAGCCCAAUCCACAUGAUCAAGCCAACCUCAAACAUUCCAUCCCCGCCAUCAUAUGCAAAGCCAUAGGCUACCCCAGGAAAUGGGGACCUGGGAGAAAAACAAAUGAAUAAAUCAACAUCCAAUUCUAAACCACUGUCGAAAAAUAUUAUUUAUGGGACGACCACUCUCAAACUAAAGGCCUUUAGAUGAGUCUUUGUUUUAUCACUUCAGUGUGCCUCAUUUUUCAUUCGUCCCAGAUUUCUCUAUUAAGAUUAAGUAAAGAAUGGGAAAAGAAAGAUUGGGUAAUGUACUCCCGAUCUGCCAGUAGUACCUGAUGAGAGUCAGCAUAUUUGUGGGCUGAGCUGGAACACAAGCAUUAAUCAAGUGUGGGGCACACCAAUAUCGGAGUCAGUUAUAGUGCUGGGGCAUUGCUCUAACUUUACUCCCAGCGUUAGUCAGGUGAUUCAUCACCCAGAAGGGAAAGGCUGGAGCACAGAUUAAUAACAAGUAGAUUAGAGUCACUGUUUAGAUGCUACUGCGUCCAGCAUCUGCACUAUGUGCCAGAAAAUAUAUUCAUGAUGGACUAAUGGCUUAGAUACAGAGGUGCAAUUAGAAGUAGAUUUGCACAGGGUUGAAGCAGAAGUGCAGGUACUCUUUAGCCAGUGAACUAAUACAUACACUACAUGUAUAUAAUUGAUCAGUAUUCUCUGACAUAUGGCACAAGCUCAAGGGCAGGACAGACUCAUUGUUGAUUUACAGGCAGUUACAUUGGAAGUACCACGUGACAUAGAACAUAGAACAGUUACUCAUUUCAAAUGCAUGCCCAGGGCACAGGGCAGGGUGUGUUUGGAUGACUUGUGUUUGUUUUAUCUUUCACUUUAGAAGCUCAGCCAUGUAUGAGGAGAAGUGUUAGCACGCUCCACACGGCCACACAACCCGUUAUUUCUCUCUGUUCACCUUCAUCCCUCUGUAUUUUCCUCCAGAUAGGAGUCAUUUGUCAAUGCUUUGUGCGUGUGGCAAGCUCAGAUGAUGCACAGAAAGCAAUGUGUUACUGUUGCAGGAUGUAAGCUAGCUGAGAAAAGAGAGCUGCCAAAAAUAAAGAGUGUGCAAAUGGGGUGUGUGUGUGUGGGAGGGGGAGCUGGAGAGGGAGUCUGAGGUAGAGAUGGAGAGACCCGGGCUAAGGGCAAACUUUUUUAUUAUGGAUUUAUUGGCUUUCAGAAAGGUGCCACCAUUAAGCAUUUCAAUGUGAUUGUGCCGUAGGUGUGUAAAGCAUGACAGGGCUAUGAGAGGUGACACAUGACUAAUGAUUCUUUAUUAACUUUAAAGGGGCACUAGCAAGGGCAGAUAAGAGUGGCAGCGCCCUGAGGGUGUUGACGAGAGAUCCAGCAUACCUUGGGUGUGUGUCUGUGUGUGUGAGCGCAUGUGUGUCUGUGCGUGUGUGUGUGUCAGAGCAGAGACAUUUGACUUGGCCAGGUGCAGAAUGAGGAGGGGGCUAUAUAUAGCAGUUUUGUUAGCGAUGCUGCGCUUGUGGUUCUUCCUAGGAUGGGUAGAGGGGUACGUGGGGAUGAAAGGGUACAUGCUGGAGGUACAUUUCCCAGGAGCCUUGAAGGGAUUAUUUAAUUUUUCUUAGAAUCCUCCUUAUCAAUUAUAUUUUCUUUUCUGGCAUCUUUCCCUUUCUAUUUUCCACCUGUCAUAAUGAAAUGCCUAUUUACAGUAGUGCAGACACUUAUACGUUAUUUAAAUAUUACAUGUAUCUCUUUUUUUAUCACAUUAUUUGCCUUCAGGGAAAGCUAAAAGCCUCAUAUCUUGUCUGAUUACUUUCGUUGAGCGCAUUUCUCUGCUGUGGAUUACUGCCUGCCAAUGACCAGCCUCAAAUGGAGAUGGAACAGUAAUUGACUGCAUGGCCAAAGACCAAAAAUAAUAUCAGUGAAUUGAUUGUUAUUCUAUUUUCUCAUUUCUAGUCCAUUCCAGAAGUUAUUUACAAGGCAGGCAAUGAUAGAAUCGAAUAAGAAAUAGCGGCUGUAAUUUCAUAACGCAAUAUGCCUUCUUUGAAAACGCCACACUACACGGUAUAUACAUUGUAGACAAUAUGAGAAGUGUGACUUUGUUGUUCUCUCCUUACUAAAUCACUAGUCACACACCAGUACAUUGAAAUAGAUAAUUGAAAUUCACUUUUAGACUUUAUAUUAGAAUACAUGUCCGUAACAAACAAUACACAUGAGCUUUCUGUACGAGUAACAGAAUUGUGGCAAUUACUGUACUUUAACAUUUUCUUUGUUUGAUAAAUGGGAUAUCACUUUACGUCUGCAUAAUCAUGUUACUCUUCUCAACCUCCCUUGAAGUGUAACUAAGGCAUUCAAAAUCCCAGAAGUGUCACCUGGAGGACUUUACAUUGAAAUCUCAAAAUGUAAAGUUAACAAUAAAGACUGAAUGAGCUUACAGAUACUGACAAAGCCUAUCCUGUUUUUUCCCGCUCUUUUUCCUUCAUCCUUUGUGUUGUAAUUGUAAAACCUAUUCAAUCUUACCCUAUGUGAAGUUUGAAAUGCGUAUGUGCUGUACUAUUCAGUAUGAUCCCAUAUGAUUUAAGACACCAAAUGGUAUAUAAGCAAUUUGUGCUUAUUUACGGCUGUCCGUUCAAAUAGGUCAAAGCUCUGCACUAUUUCAUCUGCUGCAACCACACAAACAAAUAGGCGAAACACCUACUCCACUCAAAAUGAGCUGCUGAGCAAUUUCAAACACUUCAAAUGGAUUGGAGAGAAACAAAUAUACAUUUCCUACAUAAGAAAUGUGGAGCGCUAUGUAAUAGUUUGUUAUGAAUAGUGAAUCUUGGAAGUUGGAAGUGAUUCACUUCCACUCCGUUCACCUACUCACGCAAUUUAAGAGUUUACAAAAAAAGACAACCUUUUGAACAUCUUCUAACAACAGGCACCAUUGAUAUAAACUAUAGGUUAGCUUAGCCUACAUGUUUUACAGCCUACAUUAGCCUAUUAGGCUUAAAUGUCUUAUUACCAUAACUGUUUGCACCACUCGGCUUAACGCAUGUUUCAGAGCCCUGUUUUGGUACAUUGUCAUUGGAUAUGCUCAGAUGUAUUGCUGGUGUGAGAGGAGGUUCUCUAGAGCGCCAUUUAAGGAAUUGCAUCUAAUCUACUGUGGUAGUGAGGCAGCGGAUUCUGCAGCAGCUUCGACAGAAGGGUUUAUAGGGGACCUAGAAAUAUUGUCAGAGCUCACAGUUUAAUAGAUUGGUUGUAAUAGCAGAUGUCAACAUGUAAGCUCUAUAUUCAUUCGUGACCAAUGAUAGAGGGCUCCCUCUCCAUGGGUGCUAAUAUGGUUAUAUUUGCUAAUCUUGCUCAGGCAAAUACAUGUCUCUCUCCCUAGUACAGCUAUUCAGUUUUAGUUUUCCCAAACAGUGAAAAUGAACAUUUUCUGCAGCUAAAUAUGUAGGAUCUUAAUUUGAUCACUGUGUUGCAGGAUAACUUCCCUGCAAUGCAGGACAUUUUAAACUUGUUGUGUAUUUGACGUUUAAAAAGUCUUGUCAUUUCCACUUUGAAGAUUUGAUCUUCCCUUACGAAAAAUGUAUCAACUCCUACAAAAAUCUCCAUGAAGUAUAAUCCAAAUAAUAGUUCACAUUUCCUGUUUCUGCAGGGUUAUUUUCCUGCUGUAGCAAACUGGCUCAAAUUAAGAUCCUACAUGUGUAUGUGUUCAGCUUCUUGGUGAGAGUGUGUUAGAUAGCUGACCGUUUCCUCACAAUUUGGAACCAGUUUCCUUGGAAACUAAUGGUUGACAGGAGGAAUUAUUUCUUGGGCUUUGGUCCAUAGACCUACUCUAUUUUAAUUAAAACGUCUAACCUUUUGUAUAGUAGAGAAAGACUAACUCAUGUACUUUGAUACUUACCGGUGUGAAGAUGCCCUUUGAGGUUUGAACCCUAAUCUCUAGGACCAGUCUCUCAACUGCUAUUUUACUUAAUUGACAUCACUGAAAAUCAAAGUGGGAUUGUUGGGUGUGACUGCUAAUGCAGUUCGAAAGAUGGGACUUCAAAUGGAAGUAAGUACUUUUCCUAUUUUGAAAACAUGAAGGGAAUAGCAGAAAUAGAUAUGUUUGAUGCACUCUAAAUACAGCAUUGCUAGACAAGGGUAGACAAGGGCGCUAGACAGGGUCAAAAGACUGAACAUCUAACUGUACAUCAAGUGUUUUCUGAUCCAUUUUCCCUUCAACUAGCUAUUGAUUUGGGCAUUAAUGGCCUUAUUCAUAACAACAUACGGGACUUCUACUGGUCCAUUGAAAUGCCAUCUGCCCUCUGUCUCAGUACCAAAACACACAUCUCAGUUGUAAAAACAGUCACCCUACAGAGCUGUGGGACUUUGGGCUGAAAUGAUCAAGGGGCCUGAAGCUGUUCUGUUUUUUUAAUUGAACUCAAUUUCUCUCAAGCAUAGUAAUACCAUGAGAGAAGGGGAAAUAAAUAAAUAAGGAGAGAGAGCGAGAUCCCUGUAGUGAUUACCAUGGCUAGAUACGCUAGCCAUAAUCAUUGUUAGAACCUGUUUAUAUGCAACAGACGUGCUGUUGAGUCAAACCUUGUUUUGCACUAGGGCUUAUUAAAAGGCGUAGGGACAUGUGCGCUCUGAUAUAAGUCCAACAUCAACGCUAGUGCGGUGCAGGCACUGCUAGUUGCACAACAGGGAAGUGAGUAGCAGCUCCUGAUAGUGGGACUAGGAAGUGAUUAGAGGCGGCGACUUUAAUAGGUCAUCUCCACUGCUGCUAGAAACAAAUUUCACAAAACAGCAAGGAGCGACCACAUGUACUUGGGAGUCUGGUUCUAGGUAACUGUUUCUUGGUUCGGUCUUUCUCUCUACCAUUCUCUUAUCAUAUUUUAUCAAUAUUUUUCUUAGCAGUAAUAUUUCUCCCUCUCUUGCCCUCUCUCUCUCUCCCUGAUUUUGAUUAGAUUAGAUGAGUGAGGAAAUGUGCUUUGAAUAGAGUGACCAACCCACUGCAUUACUCACUACUAGCUUGAGCUGAAAUAAAGGUUCAACCCAUUCCAUCUGGACUAACUGCAGUCCAGUCAACCUUUGCAUGAACAGAAUGACCUCACAAAGUCUGAAGAAGAAGCAUGUUUGAAAUAAUCUCACCACAUUUGUAAGGCUACCUGUGUGUAAUAUGUUGUCCAUAUUUUAUCUUUUGACACUCCCACAGUACAUGUAAACACUUUUUUUUUCAUAUUUGAGGGAUCCAGGCUCUUAGAUAUUUCAUGCAUUUUAAUUCACAUAUCCAUAUUUUAGUAGGUCAGUGUAUUUGUGUUUAUUAGGAUCCAAGGCAUCAGCUACUCUUCCUGGGGUCCAAACACAUUAAGGAACUUACAUUACACAUAAAACAAAAUAUAAAACAGUACAUCAUAUAAUUAUUAUAUUAUUACACCACUACAUAUCUACAAUACAACAUUUAUAAUACCACCAUACAAUAAUAUUAGAAUGUACGUGUGUGUAGAGUGUGUGCAUAUGCGUGUGUCUGUACUUGUGUGUGUCUCUUCACAGUCCACGCUGUUCCAUAAGGUGUAUUUGUAUCUGUUUUAUAAAUAUGAUUCUACUGUUUGCCUCAGUUACCUGAUGUGGAAUAGAGUUCUAUGUAGUCAUGGCUCUAUGUAGUUAUGUGUGCCUCCCAUAGUCUGUUAUGGACUUGGGGAUUGUGAAGAGACCUCUGGUGACAUGUCUUGUGGGGUAUGCAUGAGUGUCUGAGCUGUGUGCUAGUAGUUUAAACAGACAGCUCUGUGCAUUCAGCUUGUCAACACUUCUUACAAAAACAAGUAGUGAUGAAGUCAAUCUCAGCCAGGAGAGAUUGACAUGCAUAUCAUUAAUAUUAGCUCCCCAUGUACAUUUAAGGGCUAGCCGUACUGCCCUGUUCUGAGCCAAUUGUAGUUUCUUGUAAUUUUUGUGACACCUGACCACACAACUGAACAGUAGUCCAGGUGUGACAAAACAAGGGCCUGUAGGACCUGCCUUGUUUAUAGUGUUGUUAAGAAGGCAAAGCAGCACUUUUUUUAUGGACAGACUUCUCCCCAUCGAUAAUGUCAAAAGCCACACUGUCUAACAAAACAGCGCCCACAAUAUUUUUAUCAUCAAUUUCUCUCAGCCAAUUAUCAGUCAUUUGUGUAAGUGCUGUGCUUGUUGAAUGUCCUUCCCUAUAACCAUGUUGAAAGUCUGUUGUCAAUUUCUUUACUGUAAAAUAGCAUUGUAUCUGGACAAACACAAUUUUUCCCAAAAGUUUACUAAGGGUUGGUAACAGGCUGAAUGGUCAGCUAUUUGAGCCAGUUAAGGGGGCUUUACUAUUCUUGGGUAGCGGAAUGACUUUUGCUUCCCUCCAGGCCUGAGGGCACACACUUUCUAGAAGGCUUAAAUUGAAGCUACGGCAAAUAUUGUUUUCUUCACCAAAAUCCCCUCCCCCACACCUCACAACUCCCACACUGAUGCCUGUAGAUUGUGGGGGCGAUUAUUGGUUUAUAUUUAAUUGAAUGUGUGCCAGAGGCAAGCAUAUGUGAGCUGAAACGGAGGGUCUAUAGUGUAUAGCAUUCAACCACUAUUAUUCAUUGCAGGUGCUAUUUAGGGUUCCAAUGUUUUGGUUCUAGUUUGGCACCAUUUGAUUUGAUUUAAUUGCAUUUCCCUAUUACCACUGAUGGUGUCAUCCUUAUUAAUGAUCAAUGUCCAUUCUUAGACCAUUAAUAAUUUCUGACAUCUCAUUUGGAACCUGUCUAAGACUGUAUAGAUGUUUUUGUUUUUUUAAGAAGUGAGUUCCCAUGGCAAUUCCAUUCAGUAUGCAUAGGUGGUCAGGUCAUUCUUUUGGUUAGUCCAGUGUGUCAGUUUCAUGUUUACUGCUCCACAGAGCUGAAGUACUUGUCAUAUCGAAUAUAAAUGAUUGUAGUAGUUGUGCCUUUGCAUUCUAUAGCAUUAUGCACUAUGGUGCUUCUAAGUAAUGCAUUAUGCUGGUAGGUGAAUAUGGAGGAAGACAGUGGAAGAACGUGAAUGACUGGGAUAUUUGCUCUCCUGCUGUGACUAGCUACAGUCAUAAAUAAUUAUAGAAAUGUAUGUUUGAUUUAUAAUGACUUUAGGUUGUACCACAAGAAAAAGGCCAGUACUAUCACCAGUAAUGUUACUACUACUACUACUACUACUACUACUACUACUACUACUACUACUACUACUACUGCUACUACUACUGCUGCUACUACUACUACUACUACAACAAAUGUUCUUAUGAAAUCACCCUGUAUGAAUACAUAAGCGAUUUAUGUUUUUUCCAGCAAUUUUACUAUUGUGUAUUUUACAUUAUGGUACUUAUGGGUGCAAACAAACACUUCUUGGCUUGGCCUCAGGUCAUAUCAGUUGCAUUGGGCAUACACUGAAUUACCGUACAACGUAGUUAGCAGUAAUCUUUCUCUCCCUCUCUUGCUCUCUUUCUCUUGCUAUUUUCUUCUCUCUCUCUCUUUCUAUCUCUCUCUCUAGCACAGGGUUAAUGCAUACGCUCUAUAAAAAUUCUCCAGCCAUUUUUUGGUAGUAACAAGACCACUCAAAGGCUACCAAAAUUAAACUGCACAACCUCAGUCAUCCAGCGUUUAGUGCUAUCAAUCUGAAACAAGCUAUUUAAAAUACGAAGCACGCUAUUACGAACAAAUGUAUAAAUUCACCCACAGUGUUACUUUAACUUCUUAUGGCUGAAGGGGGAGUAUUGAGUAGCUUGGAUGAAAGGUACCCAUUGUAAACGGCCAGCUCCUCAGUCUCAGUUGCUAAUAUAUGCAUAUUAUUAUUAGUAUUGGAUAGAAAACACUCUAAAGUUUCUAAAACAGUUUGAAUUAAGUCUGUGAGAUUAACAGAACUCAUAUGGCAGGCAAAAACCUGAGAAGUUCCGCUUCCUGUUUGGAUUUUUUCUGGGGGUGCCAUAUUUUCAACCAAGCUCUUAUUCAAAAUACAGAGAGAUAUGGAUGGGUUUUCACUUCCUACGGCUUCCACUAGAUUUCACCAGUCAAUAGAACUAAGUCUGAUGACUCUAAUGUGAAGGGGGGUCGAAGGAGACAGAAUUUAGUAUGAGGUGCCAUGAGGUGACCAUGCAUUCAACACGCGCGUUCACGUGAGAGGCAGCUCCGUUACAUCUCUCAAUUGAAGUCGAUUUAAUUCUCCGGUUGGAACGUUAUUCAAGAUGUAUGUUAACAACAUUCUAAAGAUUGAUUCAGUACAUCGUUUGACAUGUUUCUACUGACUGUAACGGAACGUUUGGACAUUUCGUCACGUUAUAGUGGUCGCGCUUUGAGACUUUGUUUAGGGUAUUUGGUAAACAUUUCGAAAGUAGCUAAUUUGACAUAAAUAACGGACAUGACCGAACAAAUCAAGUGUUUAUUGUGGACCUGGGAUUCCUAGGACUGCAUUCUGAUGAAUUCAUCAAAGGUAAGGAAACAUUUAUCAUGUAUUUUCUGGUUUCUGUUGAGUCCAACAUGGUGGCUAAUUUGGCUAAUCAUCUGAGCUCCGUCUCAGAUUAUUGCAUGGUUUAUAUUUCCGUAAAGUUUUUUUGAAAUCUGACACAGCGGUUGCAUUAAGGAGAGGUUUAUCUAUAAUUCUAUGUGUAUUACUUGUAUUAUCAUUUAUAUUUCUGUUGAGUAUUUCUGAUGAAACGAUGUGGCUAUGCAAAGUCACUUGAUGUUUUUGCAACUAGUGAAUCUAACGCCUCUGAUUUUUUGAUAUAAAUAUGAACUUAAUCAAACAAAACAUGCAUGUAUUGUGUAACAUGAAGUCCUAUGAGUGUCAUCUGAUGAAAAUAAUCGAAGGUUAGUGAUUCAUUUUAUCUCUAUUCUGGUUUUUGUGAAAGCUAUCUUUAGCUGGACAAAAUUGCUGUGGUUUUGUGGUGACCUAACAUAAUCAUAUGUAGUGCUUUCGCUGAAAAGCCUAUUUGAAAUUGGACACUUUGGUGGGAUUAACAACAAGAUUACCUUUAAUAUGAUAUAAAACACAUGAAUGUCUGAGGAAUUUUAAUUAUGAGAUUUCUGUUUUUUGAAUUUGGCGCCCUGCACUUUGACUGGCUGUUGUCAUAUCGAUCCUGUUAACGGGACUGCAACCAUAAGAAGUUUUAAGCACCCUACAAACGUUCCUUUAUUGUUUAAUUUACGUGAUUGGAUUCUGUGUGAACUGGACUCUGAAUUUCAUACAUAAUAAUUGUAUUUCUGUUUGUUUGAAGGCGUUCUGUUUAAUAUUUAUCUGUCCAUCCCAGAAGGACCCUUUCUGUUCAGUCUGCUUUGACUCAACAUGGCAGCGUGACCAUGGGCAGCCUGGGAGAGCUGUGUGAAUGGGGAAUACAUCUCUAUGAUAUGAGGGUGAUGGAAACCCCUCUAGAUACUAUUCAUUGAGAAGAAUCCACAGAGACAACUGUUGAAAGAUAUGCAAAAACGGGAGGAGGCCAUCAUGUCCACAUACUUUGACACAGUAGAUGAUCUCCUGGCGUCUUUCGGCCCGGUACGAGACUGUUCCAAGGACAACGGAGGCUGCCGGAAAAACUUCAAGUGUGUGUCGGACCGCAGAGUCGACUCAACAGGCUGUAUAUGUCCCGACGGGCUGCGGCCGAUGAAGGACGGCUCAGGUUGCUAUGACUACUCAAAGGGCACGGACUGCACAGACGGCUUCAAUGGGGGCUGUGAGCAGCUGUGUCUCCAACAGCUAGUGCCCCUACCAGACAACCCCAGCUCCAGCAACAUCCUCAUGUUCUGUGGGUGUGUGCAGGAGUACAAGCUGGGAGCAGACGGUCGCUCCUGUCUCCUUCAGACAGAGAACUGUGAGGGGCCAAAGUGCCAGAGGCAGGACAUUCGUUUCAAUGACACCCUGUUUGGGGAGAUGCUGCACGGCUACAACAACAAGAGCCAGCAAGUCAACCUGGGACAGGUCUUCCAGAUGACCUUCCGGGACAACAACUUCAUCAAAGACUUCCCCCAGCUAGCAGAUGGACUGAUGGUUAUCCCGUUACCUGUGGAGGAGCAGUGUAGAGGAGUGCUGUCUGAGCCACUGUCCAAUGUACAGCUCCUCACAGGUGAUGCUAAGUUCAAUGAGGCUAUGGGCUACCCCAUGGUUCAGCAGUGGAGAGUGAGGAGCAACCUGUACAAAGUCAAGCUCAGCGCCAUCACCUUGUCUACAGGCUUCUCCAAGGUUCUGAAGACACUGACUGCCGAGAGCACCAGAGAGGAGCUGCUGUCCUUCAUCCAGCAGUACGGCAGCCAUUACGUAUCCGAGGGCCUUUACGGCUCCGAGCUCAGCUGCACCAUCUACUUCCCCAGCAAGAAGGCUCAACAGCAGCUCUGGCUGCAGUACCAGAAAGAGGUGACAGACCAGGGCAGCAGGCGCGAGCUCAAAUCCAUGCCCUUCAUCAGCUACCUGUCUGGGCUGCUGAAAACCCAGCUACUGACGGAGGACCUGGUGAGCGGUGUGGAGAUCCGCUGUGAGGAGAAGGGCAGCUGCCCCUCGGCCUGCCACCUGUGCCAUCAGGCAGGCCGCGAGCAGCCCUUGCCCAUCCCCGUCCUGCUGGAGGUCAGCCGCAUCGUGCCCCUUUACAGCCUGGUGCAGGACAACGUCACCAAGGAGGCGUUCAAGAGCGCCACCAUGAGCUCAUACUGGUGCACAGGCAAGGGCGAUGUCAUCGACAACUGGUGUCGCUGUGACCUGAGUGCCUUCAGUAAAGACGGCCUUCCCAACUGCAGUCCCCUGAGGAAGCCUGUGCUUAGACUGGCCCCUCACCUGGAACCCUCCAGCACCAUGGUGGCCCUGGAGUGGUUGGAUGUGGAGCCACUGAUUGGCUACAAGGUCUCCGAUUACAUCAUCCAGCACAAGCGGGUGGAGGACCCCUCAGAGGCAGAGAUCUACACAGGUGAGUUGUUAAGUCUGGUGGACGACCUGCUGUCAGGUCUUGGUUCGUCCUGUGUGGUGGCGGGUCGAAGGAACGGAGACCAUCCUCACUCUGUGCUCUACUCGCUGGUCUUCAAGUGCCUGGAGCCCGACAGCCUCUACAAGUUCACUCUAUAUGCUGUGGACAGUCGAGGGAGUCAUUCAGAGUCUAGCUUCGUCUCAGUGCGGACGUCUUGUCCAAUGGUAGAUGAUAGCAGAGCAGAAGAGAUAGCAGACAAGGUGUAUAACCUGUACAACGGCUACACCAGCGGCAAGGAGCAGCAGACGGCCUACAACACUCUGAUGGAGAUUCCCCCUCCGCUGCUUUACAGGGUGCAACACCACUACAACUCCCACUACGAGAAGUUUGGAGACUUUGUCUGGCGGAGUGAAGAUGAGCUGGGACCCAGGAAAGCACACCUGAUCCUGCGCAGAGUGGAGAGGAUCAGCCGAUACUGCCGGGCCCUGCUCCACAGCGCAUACAUUCAGAGCCGCACAGACACCAUGGCCUACGUGUUCUGUCGCAGCGAGGAGGUUCGGCCCACCAGCAAAGUGUGGCAUGGCUCCCUGCAUGAGACCCGCACCACCUGCAUGGAGAAACUGAUCUCAGUACAGCGCAGCACAUACGGCAACGCCAAGCUCCGAUGAGACAAGCUGCCCGACGACACAAUGACAGCCGCCUCCUCCUUGCUUCUGGUCUCUCCACUGACUGGUAUUUUUCCAAACCAGGAGAGCCCUGAAACCUCAACCCCACUGGACAUUGUUAGAACUACUGUCAAACACCCUUAACUCCUUUUUUCAAAAAUGUGCUAAGAACUGCUUGAAGAGGAAAGACGGUUUGGAUGUACAUGCCAGUGACUACUACUAUCAAUGAAAAGGAGCGAUGUGAGCAUGUAAAUUAUCAUUCAACCCAGAGCAAAUUGGUUGGCAAAAAAAUACUGAAUGUAAUAUUGCAGUUUGUCAUGGUACUUCGACUGGAAGCGUACCAGGGAAACAAACAAACAAACAACUCCCUGUAUGUCUCUCCUCUUGGCUGGAGAGAUGGGAAAGAGAGCGUUUAGAUUUGUAUUAUCAUUUACAUUUGAUUUGAUUCAUUUGUAAUACUGAAACAUAUCACCACCACAAUAAUGUAGUCUUUUUAAUGCAGACAACAUAGUGUUUAUAAUAACGGCUACAGAGAAAUCCUGUGUGACGGAUUGUGAUGUCAUCAGCUGUACCGUACGGUGUGUGAGUAACGCUUUGCAGCUAGAAAAGUCCUCAACCAGCAGUGUUUCAUUUUUUGUUUGUUUGUUUAUUGUUGUUUAUCUCCUCAGAUGUUGACAAAGGUGGAGAGCUCCUAAACCGCAGGGAAAAUCCAUAUUUAAAAAAUAGUCCAUUAAUAUGGUCAACUGGUGAAUAUAGGUAAAGAAAAAAGAAAAAGAAAACAUUUUCAUAGGAAAAUAUUCCAAAUGAUUUUAAGAUUUUAUGCUAAAUGUAUGGAUUGCAGAGUGAAGGCAGGUGAAUGCCAAUGAAUAAUGAAACUCUAUAAAGGAAUCAUGUUUAAUCGUAUGGAUCUUGUAGGAUCCCUUCCCUCAAGGAAACAUUUACUUUCCAUCUCUCAAGAGCCAUGGACAUAAAAAUCCAACUCAUAGUUUUUUUUAUUGAUUAUCAUUUCACAUUAUAUCAAUUGUGAUAGUAAAUUAUUAUAUUGUAAAUAUGAAAUUGUAAAUAACAUAUGUAUUAUUAUGUGGCUUUAAUUGUCUUUUUUCGAGAGAAUGUGAAAUAUUAAAUACUAUAUACCACAA